GGUUUGUCGCCUCACCUUUGCGCCCGCGGGAGGGAGUUUACUGCGGCUAGGGAGAUGUCGCUGCUACGGUCACUGCGUGUGUUCCUGGUCGCGCGGACCGGGAGCCACUCGGCUGGGUCUCUUCUGCGUCAGUCGCCCCAGCCACGGCACACACUUCAUGCUGGGCCCCGUCUGUCUGCCUCGGCCUCCAGCAAGGAGCUCCUCAUGAAACUGCGGCGGAAUACAGGCUACUCCUUUGUAAAUUGCAAGAAAGCUCUGGAGACUUGUGGCGGGGACCUCAAACAGGCAGAGAUCUGGCUCCACAAGCAGGCCCAGAAAGAGGGCUGGAGCAAAGCUGCCAAGCUCCAAGGGAGAAAGACCAAAGAAGGCCUGAUUGGGCUGUUGCAGGAAGGAAACACAACUGUAUUAGUAGAGGUAAACUGUGAGACAGAUUUUGUUUCUAGAAAUUUAAAAUUUCAACAGUUGGUCCAGCAAGUUGCCCUUGGAACCAUGAUGUAUUGUCAGAGCCUAAAGGAUCAGCUCUCUACAUACAGUAAAGGCUUCUUAAAUUCCUCUGAGCUUUCUGGACUUCCAGCUGGGCCUGACAGAGAUGGCUCACUCAAGGAUCAGUUGGCUUUAGCAAUUGGAAAACUGGGAGAAAACAUGACUCUUAAACGAGCUGCAUGGGUGAAGGUGCCAUCUGGGUUCUACGUUGGCUCUUAUGUCCACGGAGCAAUGCAGAGUCCCUCACUUCACAACCUGGUGCUGGGGAAGUAUGGGGCCCUGGUCAUCUGUGAGACGUCUGAACAGAAAACAAACCUUGAAGACAUUGGCCGCCGCCUUGGGCAGCAUGUGGUGGGCAUGGCCCCCCUCUCUGUUGGCUCCCUGGAUGAUGAGCCUGGGGGGGAGGCAGAGACUAAGAUGUUGUCCCAGCCAUACUUGCUGGAUCCCUCCAUUACCUUGGGGCAGUAUGUGCAGCCUCAGGGGGUGUCGGUAGUAGACUUUGUGCGGUUUGAAUGUGGAGAAGGUGAAGAGGCAGCAGAAACUGAAUAGGUUCUAGAGACUUUCGGCCCAGGAGGAAUAUUUAUUUUUAGCUCUGGACAUCAUUACAAAAAGGAGUAUUUCCCAAGCCUCUUCAGACUGAGAAUGUAUUUUUCAUUUGAGUUAUAACGAGAUUAUAGACUUCAUGGGUAAAAUUAUUAAAUAGUUAUAUAAUAAAAAUAAUUUUUUCCUUGUUUGCAUAAUACUGGGUUUAGCUUUUCUGUGCCUCUCAAAAAUAACGGGCGGGCCUUAUUGACGUGAUUGACAGUGUCUUGGAGAACAGGCAUCAACAAUACUGCUGCUCCCUUCAACAUAGAUUUAUUAUGGUGUUUCUGAAAUUUCUAACUUACAUGUUCUGUCUUCCACCUUUUAUGACAUAGAAUUCUUUUCUGUUUUUGCUUUGCGAUACUGUGGACCAUGCUUCUGCCUCGGAACCUCCCUAGUUAUAUUACUUCUGCCACAUGGAAUUCUUUGGGAUUACUGAUUCAGACCUAGAGUUGUCUGGAAACUAUGGGUUCUCUUCUUUGUGAUUGUCUGUAGCAUGCUUUGAAGGUGCUCUGCAGUGGUAGGCACACUGGUUCUGGCUUCAUUUAAUUAAAUUAAUAACACAUG